GUGCACCGACCCAUGAGCUAAAACUAACCUCGGGUUAGUUGGGUUGGGUGUACGGUACACCCGGGUGUAUACAACAAAUCCCACUUUUUUCCGGCCCCAAGUAUAUGUAACAAUUUCCGAUUUCCAGUUUUAUUUUAAAUAUUAUUUGCAAAAGUUUUUUUUUUUUUAAAAAAUAUUCACAGAGGCAUUUAUAUUAGUAAUCCGUAAAUAGAUUAUUAUAAAUAGUUUACGGAGAACAUCAUACUUUAAUACUCUAUACUAAGUAACUAAUAACAAAUUAGCUUACUAAACUUUCAUAAUAAUCGAGCUCAACUCUUAUGGCGGAUUAUAGUAAUAAUAAUGAAUCUGAAAAUCUUCCAAAGAUUCUUGAAGACAAUGCAGCUCUUCCCGUAGAUAUACGUGAAGAAGGAGUUGAUGUUGAAGCUGCUGUUGAAGAUGAUGUUGUUCUUGGAGAAGGUAUUGAUUUAAUUUUGUUGAGCUCAUGUUUUAAAAGUGUUUUAUGGGUUAUUUUAUUUGAGUUCUUGAUUUAUUUGAGUUUUAUGGAAAUUUAUGGGUUUAUGUUACAGAUAUACCUGAAGAAGGAGGUGAUGUUGAAACUGCUGUUGUUGAAGAUGAUGUUGUUAUUGGAGAAGGUAUUGAUUUAAUUUUGUUGAGCUCAUGUUUGAAUAGUGUUUUAUGGGUUUAUUUUAUUUGAGUUCUUGAUUUAGAGAUUUAUGGGGGUUUAUUUGAUUUUGUGCUGGAGUUUCAUUAAAUUUCACAAUAACGCCAUUGUUGAUUGGAUUGGUUUCAGAGCUUUGACAUAAUUUAUGCUUGUUUUGUAUUCAAAUGAUAAAUUAUACAAGUUGUAAAGAGUAGAUAUCAAUAUAAUCAUAUAGACAUAUAGGACACACAUCGAAGAUGAUGACUAAGAGUAACAUAAUUGACAAAGAGUACACACAUCUCCUCAUAAAAUACAUACGUAGUACUGACAUGUUUUUUCUCACACAUUUAUUUUUAAGAUAAUAAUCAAAUGAGUUAUG